UCUCCCCUUUCUCAAGUCCUGAGGAUGGCCAAUAAGACAUCAGUAAGCAACUUCAUCCUUCUGGGCUUCCCAAGUCUUCGGAGAUGGCACCUGUUAUUAUUUACACUCGUCCUCGUCAUCUACAUUCUCACCAUGGCAGGAAACAGCCUCAUCAUUAUAAUUGUGAGACUCAGCCAGCAACUCCAGACCCCGAUGUAUUUUUUCCUUAGCAAUCUCUCUUUCCUUGAGAUCUGGUUCACGACGGCCGUCGUCCCUAAGAUGUUGGAGACCUUUCUGAGGACCAGAACGACCAUCUGUCUUCAUUGUUGCCUGGUGCAAUCCUUCUUUCAUUUCUUCCUCGGCAUGACUGAAUUUUUUAUCCUGACUGCAAUGUCUUUCGACAGAUAUGUUGCCAUUUGCAAACCUUUGCAUUACACAACAAUUAUGACCAGAAAACUCUGCUCUUUACUGGCUUUAGGAUCUUGGUCACUGGGUUUUGUGGUUAUUGUUAUGCAGGCAGCUUUUCUCUGGAAACUGCCAUUUUGUGCUGGUAACAUCAUCGACCAUUAUUUCUGUGACAUUGGCCCCAUUUUGAAGUUGGCCUGUGCUGACACCAGCCUAGUCGAAUUACUGGGCUUGCUGGCAACGAUAACCAUAAUCCCCAGUUGUUUUAUCUUCACAGUGGUUUCCUAUGUCUUCAUCAUCUCAACCAUCCUGAGAAUCCCCUCCAGCAAAGGACGACAAAAAGCCUUCUCCACCUGUGCUUCACACCUCACAGUGGUCACCAUUCCUUAUGGGGCUGUUCUCUUCAUGUACUUGAAGCCCACGGCUCACUCUUCCUUCAGCUUCAACAAAGUGGUCUCUGUUCUCAACACAGUGUGGACCCCGCUGCUGAACCCUUUCAUCUAUACGAUACGGAACAAAGAUGUGAAAGCAGCUGUGAAAGCAGUUGUGAAGAAAGCUAUAGCCAAGUGA